CGCUGAGUGCCCUCCCUGCCCACGCACAGUCCCGUCUGUGCCGGCGGCGGGACCCCCCCCGGGGGGCGCUGCUGGAGUGGCCCCACGGCACCCAAAAACGGGCCGGGGUUCCUGGACAGCCGAGGCACGCGCCGCCACAGUCUGUGCUGCCCUAAGGGGACGCCUUGCUCCCCAAAACCUCCAUCCUGCUGCCUCGCUGUCACGCACGCCCUCUCCCGCGGCGAGGGGACACAGCACCAGGAGCCGCCAUGGAUCUGGUCCUGGACGCCGCGGACCGGCACCUCCUCACGCCCUACGUGUACCCCGCCGGCUGGCCGGAGGGCGAGCCCUGCCGCCAGCUCCUCAGCCUCUUCGUCAUCACCAACCUGGGGGCACUCGCGCUCUACCUGCUUUUCGGCACCCUCAGCUACUGCUUCAUCUUUGACCACGAACUCAAGAAACAUCCCCAGUUCCUAGAGAACCAGGUGCAGCGGGAGAUCGCCUACGCCCUGCGCUCCCUCCCCUGGAUCAGCGUACCCACCGUCGCCCUGUUCUUCGCCGAGGUGCGGGGCUACAGCAAGCUCUACGACAACAUCGAGGACUCCCCAUACGGCUGGUCGGGUGUCUUCCUCAGCAUGCUGUCCUUCCUCUUCUUCACUGACAUGGGCAUCUAUUGGAUCCACCGCGCUCUCCACCACAAACUGCUCUAUAAGCGCUUCCACAAGCCCCACCACCUCUGGAAGAUCGCGACGCCCUUCGCCAGCCAUGCCUUCCACCCCGUUGACGGCUUCAUGCAGAGCCUGCCCUACCACAUCUACCCCUUCCUCUUCCCCCUGCACAAAGUCACCUACUUGGGCCUCUACAUCUUCGUCAACGUUUGGACCAUCUCCAUUCACGAUGGCGACUACCGCGUCCCCCGCCUCCUGCGGCACGUCAUCAACGGCUCAGCCCACCACACCGACCACCACUUGUACUUCGACUACAACUACGGGCAGUACUUCACCCUCUGGGACAAGAUUGGUGGCUCCUACAAGAGCCCCACAGCCUUUGAGGGCAAAGGCCCCCAUGACUACUUGCGCAAGCUCCGAGAGAAAGGCUCGGGGGUGCCCAAUGGCCCCUCAGCCACCAAGACCGAGUAGACUGUCCCCCAGCCCGGCCCCUCUCCGGGAUUAGAUUCCCCAGCCGGAUCUUAUCCCAUUCCUCCCUGGCCUCUCAAGACUACUUUCCCACAGACAAAGAUGCCCCGACGCGUGACUGGCGUGGGAUGGUUCACGGUGAGUGCUCUGGCCUGCCCCUGCUCCCAAAACGAGUUACAGCCUCGCCCUGUGCCACAGACCUGCCCUGCUGCCCCUAUCGUCCCCGCUCUCGGCUGCCUUUGGACCCCUGCUGCGGUCCCUGCGCUGCCGCUUUACAAAAUGAACAAUAACGUGGCACAAAUAGAACAAUGAUGUGGCUUGUGGCAGGGUCUCCAUCUGUCUGUGCUGUGCACCUUUGUCACUGACUUGCCAUAGUGGAGUCUGUCCGGACGAGUCGAGUCAAAUUGAGUUGAGAGGCUGACAACACUACAUUUUUUUUUUCUGAGCCGUGUUUCACAAAAAAAAGCUGCAAAUGCUUACCUUUCGAGAUGCAGUGGGACUCCUUGGCACUUGAUGCUCUCUCUUCAUUCUUCUCGCCCGGGGACAUCCUGUGGGGUGCUGACAGAAUGCAUCCCAAAACCAGCAUGCCUGUAAGACAAAGACGCACUUUGAGACUCAUGGGUCCAUCAAACUCCUUGAGAAUACUGAGGGGGGGAAGAGGAGGAACAGGCACCCAGAGGUGAGGGGCCGGGGCUUCUCCUUGCAAAAGGGUCGUGGCUGGCUUUCCCCCUUAACACCUGGUGUGCUUCCUGCUGAAACCCUGUCACCCCGCCUUUGGGUCCAUUCAAUAAAUCUCACUUGCCAACUUG